GCCCUUCGUCAGAUAUUUAACCCCGUCUGUCCUGCGCUGUGCCAGUCUUGCAGACAACUGAGGAUCCACACACCCGCGGUCUACCUGCUGUUUAUUUAUGGCGAUAUAGGCUACAUCUGUUUUUCCCCUCCUGUUUUUUACCAGCCCCAUUGAAGGCAUGUCGUAGUGAACUGCUCGGAAGCUCAUGCCAUGAUCUAUGCUGUGUUUUUGUUGUGAUUUUUUUUUAAUGCAGACGAAUGACAAGUCAACCAUAUGCAAUAAACUUAUUGAGGGAAAAAAGAAGAACAAAGCUCAAGGUCAGUGGAAGUCGAUGACCUGAAGUGCCUGGUGGUGUUGUUGUUCUGGAGCUAUUAUUAUUCUUUGGCCUUGAACGGACACUGUUAUAUUUUUUCUGACUGAAACAGAUGCAUCCCUUUUACCAAGCUGAAGUUUGCCCUGCGCAGACUGCACAUAUCCUGUGGAUUUAAAGUGAAUCUUGGUUGUUGAGUGCCACAUUAGUAGUUGUUGACUCUGAUCUUACUACAUUAGGUAAAAGGCAACUCACAUAAUUCUCUGAUUCUUUUAUGAAACGACUUGGAGCUGGUCUCUAGAUCUGUAGAAAUACGUACAGUCAGUAAAACAUCUGACAUUUUUAUCAGUCGUCAAGUGUCCCAACAAUUAAAACAGUUUGUGGGGAUUUUUGCCUCUUUGAGAUGGCUGUCAGCAUGGCCAUGGGCCGAGACACCAAAUGGCUGACACUGGAAGUGUGUCGGGAGUUUCAGAGAGGCACCUGUCUGCGAUCAGAUGCAGAGUGCAAGUUUGCCCACCCCUCUCCCAGCUGCCACGUGGAGAACGGUCGAGUCAUUGCCUGCUUUGACUCGCUGAAGGGACGUUGUAUACGAGAAAACUGCAAAUAUCUACACCCGCCUCCGCACCUUAAAACUCAACUGGAAAUUAAUGGGAGGAACAACUUGAUCCAGCAGAAAGCAGCAGCUGCAAUGUUGGCUCAACAAAUGCAAUUCCUACUGCCCGGGGGACAGCUGCCCCCCUUAACCACAUUCCCAGUGACGACCAGUCCCAGUCUGGCACUGAACCCUUUUUUAAGCCAAAUAACCCCUGGCAUGGGCCUAGUACCUGAGCUGCUACCCAGUGCUCCCCUGCUGGUUCCUGGGAGUCCUACUGGUCUGUCAGUUAUUAGCAAUGGCACUUCAACACAGAAGCAAUCACGCACAGAUAAACUAGAGGUGUGUCGGGAGUUUCAGCGAGGAAACUGUUCACGGGGAGAAGGUGACUGCAGGUAUGCACAUCCCCUGGAGACCACCAUGGUGGACUGCUGUGAGAACUCAGUCAUUGUGUGCAUGGACUUUAUCAAGGGCCGCUGUGGUCGGGACAAGUGCAAAUACUUCCACCCCCCUGCUCACCUGCAGGCCAGGAUCAAGGCCACGCAGCACCAGAGUAGUCAAAACACUGCUGUGCCUCCAGGGUCACUACUAAAAAGGACACUUUUAGAGAAAAGUAAUGGAUCUUCUGCUGCUGUGUUCAGCCCCAUGUUUCAAUACCAGCCGGCUCUGGCCAACACGCAGCUUCAGCAGGCAGCGCUCCUCCCCACCGUUCCCAUGAUGCACGGUGCCACCACCACUGUUUCGUCGGCCUCAACCCCUGUCACCAAUGUUCCCUUUGCUGAAUCUGCUGUCUCCAAUCAGUAGACUCUCUGGACAUGAUGAACCCAGAGCCUAUGGAGCUGCAGUGUGUAUCUUUGGAUUCCCAUUUCUGUCCUCUGCCCAAACUGCUGGUGGCCACCCCAGUCACACUUACCCCAGUUAGCCUUCCCUGAACCCUUGCUUCUGGACACCAUAUGCCCAUGAGGCCCUGCUUCAGUCAGACUCAUUCAUAAAAUGUACUCACUCUCAAAGCCUGAACGUACUUAACUGCAGCCAUAGUGAUGCAAACAAACUUGAAAAUCUGUCUUGAGCAAUAGAGCUCUGUUGUUACAGCCAUAACAUACCAAAUGAUUGAAAAGUUUAGAUUUUAGUGAGACUAAAUGCCCUUUUUGUUUUGCCACUACUAUUACAUGACUGUUAGUGUAUCACCAGAAGAAUACAUUACAUGUAAUUAUUUACAUGCACAAUAUCUAUUAUAAUAAUAGUUUUACAGAUAUAGAUAGACAUUAGUAAAUUUAUAGUAUUAAAUGUUGAUAAUACAUAACUGACUAAAAACGUCUCUUUUAAUAAUUGGUGUGGCACUGAGACAGAGAUGUGUUUCUGUCUGUGCUGAAAUGUAUAUGUGAGAAUUUACAUACUGGUGACAGAAGAACUUGAAAUUUAGAAAGCUGUUCAAUAUUUGUAUAUGGAUAAUCAGGGACUACAUUUUAAGUUUGUAAGUUUGUUUUAAUUUUUUAGAGAGCAGAUGUGAAACCUGCCCCCCUCCCCUCACGUGGCCUCUGUUCAGGCUCACCUGUGCUCUCUGGUCUUCUUCUGUCAGUCCAAAGCCGGCACUCUGUCAGACAGCAGUAACAUAGAUAGCAUCUACAGGUGUCAUGUGAGAAUACAACAGGGCUGGGUCAGCCAAUCUAAAUACAAAUAGACUUAAAGGACUGGCUAUGUUUAUGAGAUGUUGAGUUUUAAUGUCAAAAGUCACUGGACUCUAAAGGCCACUUUUCACAAUGUGAAAAAUGCUGUGUAGGUCUCUAAAUAACAUACAAUGUGUAUGUAUAUGACUCACUUUUUCAGCUAAUAGUCAGAUAUCAGUAUUCCCAUCACUUCUACUUAAGACAUUAGUGUGCUGUGAAUGUAUCUAAUGCAUACACUACAUAAGUUAAUUUUGAUAGCUGUAAUUACUUUUUAAAAUAAAUCUAAACUAUUAAAAAUCAACUGUACAAAUUUAUUAAAGUUGGCCAUUUUGUAUCUUCAGAUAUGUUGUCAAAAUGCUCAAAUCAAAUCAUUUUUUUACAUGUGUUUUUGUGUUUUGGUCAAGACUCGGAAAGCAAUCAGAGAGAAUAUUUAUGUAUAUGAUAUGACGACUAAGGCCGUCCUUGGCUAUUUUGAGAUUUUACUACCCUUAAACCAGUAGAAGACCAUGUUACAACUAUUCCCUUUAAGUAAUUUCAUUUUAAAGAGCUGGCCUUCUUGGUUUAAUUUUAAAAGUACAGCAAGGUAGCUUUAAAACCUUUAUACAUUUAUAGUUGUUUGUGAAGAUGAAUGAGAAAUGUUUAGUAAUGUGCUUUGUAUACAAUAAAGGAGAUAAUCCUAAAGUUGCAAUUUGCUGUCAAUAAAAUGACAACAUAGCUACUUUCAACUUGAACUUUCCUAAUAAUAUGAAAAUAAAGGGAAUGUCCAUGCACAGUGUAUACAGAUUGUAAUUUAUAAUUAAUCCAAAUGUCUUUCCAUGUCUUUCCCAGGUUUCCAAUUCUUGUUUAUUUUCUUUAAUUGGAUUUUGAUUACAUGCAUUUUAAAAUGAGAAUGCACAUGUUUUGUAUAUUAUUUAUGUGGUUUGGAAUAUGCAGUUGGUCAAAUGUUUAUGUGGAGUAGUAGCUCUUAUUUCAGUUGGAGUUUUUGUGGAGAUUGCCUGCCCAGCUGUGCUGGAUGAUUUUGAGCAACACUGAAUUAAUGAAUGUGAUGCUCGCCUUGUUUGCACUUAUGUACAUAGUAAAGUUUCCUGAACUUAGUUUGAAUGAAACUUGAAUUUUAUCAUACUGCCACAGAAGAAAUAACUGCAUAUUUUGAAACAGUUUUUGCUUGAAUCCUUUGCCAAGAAUUGUUCUACUUAGGCUAUUACAUUUCAGAUGGGGGCACUGUAGCAAGACCAACAGAAAAUCUUGUUGGCGCAACAUUUUCAUCAAACAUUAAUAUAUAAAACUUUUGAAAUAGAUGCACAAGUUUAAUUGUAUCCAAUUUAUUUUGUGUUCUCACUCAAAACCUUUCAACAUCCUUAAUUGUUUUCAAGGAUUUAAGUUGAUGUUUUGGUAGAGGGGGUCAAGGACUUCCUGAAACAAGCCAUAGCAAAAGGUCAAAGACGGACAUGAUUCCUGUGAUGAUGUUUUAUGUGCACUCUGCUAUGUAGUUGUUUGUACUAUGGUGGUACAUGUGAAUUAAUUUGCAAUGUAAUGCUGUGCUUUAACUGUGCCUGAAUUCCAGGGUAUCUACAAUAAAACAUACAAACAGG